AUUUUAAGAAUUUCAAGAGACAUAAAUGCCAUGUAUGUGUUUCUCAGGUGUUUAGGAUGGUUAGAACGGGCACUUUUGUCUCUCUCCUCCAGCUCUUCAGCACCCUGGCUCCCAUAGGAGCAUUGUCUCAGGAUACCCUCUACCCCUUUGGACCGUCUAACAGGGAUUUAGAGACCCCAAAAAUGGACGAUGGCAGUUCUCCGGAGAUCAAUUUGCUAAUUCCUUUCAUAUUCUUCAAUGUGCCCUAUAGGUCCCUUUAUGUCAACAACAACGGAGUGAUCUCUUUCAAUGUUCAGGUGAGUCAGUUCACACCUGAGGCUUUCCCCCUCAGUGACAGCCGGUCCUUCAUUGCGCCCUUAUGGGCCGACGUGCAUAAUGGCAUCCGUGGAGAUGUGUACUACCGUGAGUCCACCGACCAAGAGACACUAGAGAGGGCCACUCAGGAUGUCCGAAAGUAUUUCAAGAAUAUGGUGUCCUUUACUGCCACCUGGGUCUUCAUUGCCACAUGGACUCAGGUCACAUUUUAUGGAGGCAGCCAGACAACACCGGUAAAUACAUUUCAGGCAGUGUUGAUCUCCGAUGGCCACACUUUUUUUGUUAUGUUUAACUACGGCGAGAUCAGUUGGAGCACAGGCACGGCGAGUGGUGGAGACCCUCUUACAGGCUUGGGAGGAACCACAGCACAGGCAGGUUUCAAUGGUGGAGAUGUCAGCCAUUUCUUUAACCUUCCUGGAUCACGCUCGAAUGAAAUAGUCAAUAUUGAACUGACCACUAAUGUCAACGUGCCUGGACGGUGGUUUUUUCGUGUUGACACAGACCAGAUAGACCCGGCAAAUGGCUGCAGUUACACUGGACGUUUUUACCGCCGUGGCGAGGUGUUCUGGCUGUCAGACCACUGCACUCAGCGAUGCAGGUGUCUUGAUUUGAAUAAUCAGGUGACCUGUCAGGAAACUCCAUGUGGUCAGUUAGAGACCUGUGAACAGGUGGAAGGGGCUUACUACUGCCAGCCCACCCGUACCAGCACCUGUGUGGUGUUUGGAGACCCCCACUACCACACAUUCGAUGGACUUCUCUAUCACUUCCAGGGUACCUGCUCUUAUCUGUUGGCUCGUCCAUGUUUUGAAAUGCCUGGUUUGCCUUUCUUCAGUGUGGAGGCCAAAAAUGAGAAUCGGGGUGUGACCUCAGUGUCCUGGCUGAGGGAUGUGAUCGUGGAAGUGUAUAACCACCGUGUCACACUACCCAAAGGAACUUUGGGAACGGUGCAGGUGGAUGGCUUAAUAAAGACUCUUCCAGUUCAGCUUCAAUUAGGUGCAGUCAAAGUGUACCAGUCUGGUGUUGCUGUCGCUUUGGAAACUGAUUUUGGACUAUUGGUGACCUAUGACGGAUUGCACUAUGCCUCCAUCUCCCUCCCCAGCUCCUAUUUCAACAACACUUGUGGCUUAUGUGGCAACUACAAUGAUGACCCAGCCGAUGACCCCGUGUUGCCAGAUGGCACUCUGGCAGAGAGCGUAGUGGAACUGGGUGGUAGCUGGCGAGCAGAGGACACAGAUUUUCGUUGUACAGAUGGGUGUGCUCAGAACUGUAGCAUGUGUGAGCCGGCAGCCGAAGCGUUUUACUUUCGCCCAGAUUACUGUGGAUUGAUCAAUAAGACUGAUGGCCCGUUCAGAGACUGCAGGACAGUGGUAGAUCCCACGGCAUUUGUGUACAGUUGUGUUUAUGAUAUGUGCAGUAACCGUGAUAACAUCACUACACUGUGCCAGGCUAUACAGGCAUAUGCACUUGCAUGCCAGGCCCUGGGAGUCACGAUACGACCGUGGAGAUCACGCUCUUUCUGUGCUUUGACAUGCUCUGAGAACAGCCACUACCAGGUCUGUACCAGUUCUUGUCCCGCUUCCUGCUCUGACCUUACGGCUCACCUCUACUGCACCCAUCCAUGCACCGAGGGCUGCCAAUGUGACCAGGGAUAUGUGCUAAGCGGCAGCCGUUGCGUUCGGCGUUCCGAUUGCGGAUGUGAACGCGAUGGCCUGUACUAUACGUUAAAUGAGACUUUCUGGGCAGGAGAGGGUGGGGAGUUGGGUGGAGAAUGCUCCCAGCGUUGCGUGUGUGGACCGGCAGGUGAAGUAACAUGCUUCAACGAUUCUUGUGGUGAAGGCGAAGUGUGUACUGCAGAAGUCGGGUUGUUGGGGUGUUACCCUCGUCGGGAAGCAGUAUGCUCGCUGUCUCAAAAUCAAAUACUGGCAACGUUUGAUGGGUCCGCAAUCCCAUUCCCAGACGAGAGCUCAUUCUAUCUGGUGAAGACGUUGGGCCGCUUGCCUGCAAACGUUACAUCGAUGGAGGUGAAGAUCGGAAGGAAGCUGGUGAAUAAGGGCCCUACGUGGAUACGGCCAGUGGUAGUUAGGGUGGCACAUUUGGAAGCACAGAUUGGUGGUUCAGACUUUGACAUGAUCAAGGUAAACAGCGAACCGGUGAUUCUUCCUUAUGUCCAUCCAGUGGAGCCUCUCAUGAUAUACCGUUUCUCUGGUAAUUCCACAGUGAUUGAAUGGAGCGGCCUCGUCCGUGCCCGAUACUCACGUCAAGGCCUCUUAAACAUCACCCUGUCCACCCUCUUUUACAACACCACCUGUGGUCUCUGCGGUUUCUUCAACGGUGAUCCCAUUGACGACCUCCGUCUUCCCAGUGGCAGGCAGGCAGAUACACCCGACCAGUUUAUUGAAGGCUGGAAAGCCAUUGCGGACGAUUUGACCUGCAACGGUGACUGUGAGGACUUGUACCGUAUGUGUACAGAUUUGAGGCUGUACCAGAGUCCGUGGAUGUGCGGAAACAUCAACGACCCAGGAAACAGCUCAUUCCUGGCCUGCCACACCGCUGUUAACCCCUCUCCCUUCUUCCGGAACUGUCUCUAUAACAUGUGUGUUCGAGAGGGAAACCGGUCUGCACUCUGCAACUCCCUGCAGGCAUAUGCCUCCUCUUGCCAGGAUGCUCAGAUCAAUGUGGGAGCUUGGAGGAGUGCGACCAAUUGCCCUUUACCCUGUCCCGAGAAUAGUCACUUUGAUGACUGUACCUCUGCGUGCCCUCUCACUUGCUCCAACCUGGAUGAUCCAGAGGAGCCGUGUCCUCUGCCGUGCUCGGAGGGCUGCCAGUGCGAGGAGGGCUUUGCCUUGCGUGACGGCCUCUGUGUGGCACGCAGCGACUGUGGCUGCUUCUACAUGGGCCGCCAAAUGGCCACCAACGAGACAUUCUGGACAGACUGGGAGUGUCAAGAGCGCUGCUUUUGCAAUGGAACGGACAACAGCGUCUACUGCACCUUUUCACCCUGCCAUCCGGAGGAGUACUGCCAGGAAAGCGAUGGUUUGUUUUUCUGUCAGCCGAGGACAGAAGCCAUGUGUGUUGUUGCUGGAUAUGGCCACUUUUUACCAUUUGGAGGCGUUCCAUUUGACCUCCAGAGCAGCUGCACUCUUCGUCUUGCCACUACUGAGUGUGGAGAAGGGGACGAGUAUGGAUCUGAUGGAUGGGAAAGUGCAGAGAUGGUUCCGGGCGGACUGCCUAGGUUUCAGGUCUCGGUUCGGAGUGAGGAAAGAGACACAGGCCAAGCUAUAUGGGUACGGGGAUUUGUACUGGAGGUCUACGGAUAUGAGAUUGAGGUGUCUCGAAGCUUCAAGCACACAGUUACGGUGAAUAAGGAGCGGUUGUAUCUACCUAUAAAACUUGGUCCUGCGAAGGUUAAUAUCUAUACCCUUGGUCUUCAGUUACUUGUGGAAACAGACUUUGGCCUGAAGGUAGCGUUUGACUGGAACACUCUUCUGCUCCUCACUCUUCCCCGUAGUCUCUUUAACGCCACCUGUGGGCUUUGCCAAGGAAUGCCCAUCUCUGGGCCAGUUCUGAGUGUCAGUGAAUGGGCAAUGACAUGGGCGGACCGCGAUACCUUCUGCCAAGUGGGAUGUGGUGACUCUUGCCCUCGUUGUGGAUUGGCGGAGCGGGGCCUUCCUGCUGAGGUGGCGGCACCCGCUCAAGUAACCGAUGCCGUCGGCAACAUCGACACGGACGGUAACCCUGGAAACCGUUUCCACCUUGCCGAAGGGUUGUACGUGUAUGUCGAACCCGAGGCAGUGAGACUUUGUGGACUUAUAAUAGACAGAGGAGGUGUGUUCGCACGCUGCCAUAGCAAAGUUGCACCAGCGUACUUCUACCAAAGCUGUCUGCAGGAUACGUGUAUGGACCAAGGAGCAAGAGAGAUCAUCUGUAAUUGGCUGCAGAUUUAUGCCAGCACCUGUCAGACACAAGGAGUGUCUGUGAUUGGCUGGAGAAGCUCCACACCAUGUGUGAUGUCGUGCCCCAUGAACAGUCAUUAUUCCAGCUGUUUGAUGGUGUGCCAGCCGCAGUGUGCUCCUGCACGUGGGCAGAGAGAUUGUAACCAGUACUGCGUCGAAGGAUGCCAGUGUGAUCUGGGCUAUGUGCUCAACGGCAAGAGCUGCAUCCUUAGUCAAAACUGCGGAUGCUACACGGAUGGUAAAUACUAUGAGCCAAAGCAGUUGUUCUGGAACAGUGACUGCACCAAACGCUGUCAGUGCAUCGGCCGUAAUCUUAUUCAGUGUGACCCACGGCGAUGUAAAGCAGAAGAGGAGUGCGUUUUGCGGCACGGCGUGCGAGGCUGCUUUGCACGUCGUAACCAGCACUGCGUGGCUUCGGGCGGUGGCGUCUUCCGUACGUUCGACGGCGCGUCUCUUCGUCUCCCUGCGUCUUGCUCCUUCGUCCUGUCAACAAUCUGUCACAAGCUCCCAGAGUUAUCUUUUCAGCUCAUUGCCAAUUUUGACAAGUGGAGCACGCCAAACCUAACCACCAUCUCCCAUGCUUACCUCUACAUCAACGAGGAGAACAUUCUCAUCUCUGGAAACACGGUCAAGGUAAAUGGAACGCCGGUGUCCGUGCCUUUCGUCACAGGUUUGAUGACUCGAGUGUCCACGUCAGAGGGAUUUCUGGUGAUCGAUACGCCUCAGGACAUCCAGGUGCGCUACAACCGCUUCAACACACUGAGCAUCACCAUGGGCCCACGGCUGCAGAACAAAGUGUGUGGACUGUGUGGGAACUUCAACGGAGACCCCACUGACGAUUACAUCACGUCACGAGGCAAACCUGCCGUCAGCUCUCUGGAGCUGGCACAGAGCUGGAAGACCAACGGCAUGCAAAACAGCUGUGAUGAGACUCAGUACGUAGCUCUGGCUCAGUCCUGUGAUAACACAGCCAUCUCGGAGCUUCAGGGAGAGGAAAACUGCCUGAAACUCACAGAUCUGAAAGGUUUCUUCCAACCCUGCCACGGGCUUCUGGACCCCCACCCUUUCUAUCAGUCUUGCUACCUGGAUGGCUGCUAUAACCACCGUAAGGCCCAGGUGUGCGGCUCCAUGGCAGCCUACGCUGAAGCCUGCCGCUCUUUCGGUACUCUUACCACCAAGUGGAUCACCCAGGAGAACUGCUCAGAAUGGAUCUAUGACCCCUGUGCUGGAGAGAUCUGCUCGAACAACACAUGUGAGCAGGAGAACGGAGGAGACCUGUGUGGCUGUCCUGAGCUUCCCAGUACCGAAAUUAAUGACGAUGACAUCAUCCAGGCAGAGGUGACCUGCAAGCACGCUCAGAUGGAGGUGUCCAUCUCUAAGUGCCGUCUGUUCCAGCUGGGCUUCGAGAGGGAGGACGUGCGAAUAAAUGACCAGCACUGCGCUGGUAUCGAGGGAGAGGAUUUCAUCUCAUUCCACAUCAAUAAUACCAAAGGACACUGUGGCUCCAUUGUACAGUCAAAUGGAACACACAUUAUGUACAAGAACACAGUGUGGAUCGAGAGUGUGAACAACACGGGGAACGUGGUGACGCGUGAUAAGACCAUCAACGUGGAGUUCUCCUGUGCUUACGAACUGGACAUAAAGAUCUCUCUGGAGACGGUACUAAAGCCAAUGCUUAGUGUAAUAAACCUCACCCUGCCUACUCAAGAGGGCAACUUCAUCACAAAGAUGGCUCUGUAUAAAAACGCUUCAUACCGGCAGCCGUACCGAGAGGGAGAGGUGGUUCUGAGCACCAGGGACAUUCUGUUUGUGGGGGUGUUCGUGGAAGGAGCGGAUGAUAAACAGCUUAUUCUUAUUGUCAACAUGUGCUGGGCCACGCCAUCGCGAUACAGCAGCGAUCGCCUGCGUUACAUUAUCAUAGAGAGAGGGUGUCCUAACAUCAAAGACAACACCAUAGGCAUGGCCGAGAACGGCGUGUCUCUCACCUGUCGCUUUCAUGUCACCGUCUUUAAGUUCAUUGGUGAUUAUGAUGAAGUGCAUUUGCACUGUGAUGUCUCACUGUGUGAUUCUGAGACCAACGCCUGCAAAGUGAAUUGCCCUCAUAACAAACGUAGUUAUAUGGAUUACAGUCAGCACAAAGAACAGAUUUUGUCUGUGGGACCAAUCAGAAGAAGAGAAUCCGACUGGUGUGAAGAGGAAAAUGGUGGAUGCGAGCAGAUCUGUACCAGUCAAAUAACUGGUGCUGUGUGCAGCUGUGUGACAGGAAUGCUGCAGAGAGAUGGGAAGAGCUGCAGAGUCACCAGUAUGAGCACUGACCUUCGACCUAUGGUUCCCCUGGUAGCCAUGGUCAUAUUCGUCAGCAUUUUACUGCAAAUGCACACCUCGGUUUACUUCUCUUAACACCCACCAGCAAGACCAAGAGAGAGAGAGAAAGAGAAAGAGAAAGAGAGAGUGAUGGAUACAGACCAAUAGGGGACGCAAAGCAAAAAAGAGCCAAUGAAGGCAUUUGCAUGAUGCAUUGGCAGCCUUGAAGAGAGGAUCAUCUCUGAGCAGUUCCCUUCAUCGAAGCCAAAACUGUGAAUGUGAACAUAAAACAACCAACUAUAUGAUCCAACAUAAUAAGAAAAAAACACCCUGGAAGAAGUCAGCUCUUACCUUUGGCGUAACUUCUAAACACCAGAGACCAACAAGAAAAUAAAAAACUGUCACUUUGAAAUGUAGUGUUACUGUAUUUCACAGCAAAAAUAAAAGAUUAGCUAUGUUACUUUUUUUUUAAUGACUUUUCUGAAUCACCAAAAUGCAAGAGCAUGUGUUGCAAGAAUGUAUGAUGAUUUUCAACACAAGUUAUGUUGUUUGUUUUUAUGUAGUUGAUUUGAUGAAACGCAUACCGUCUUCCCUAUUUCAUCUUCAAAAUGCAUUGUGUUACCUAUUUAAACCCCAUUUUUUGCCAUACUGAUAUCAACAAUGCCAAGCAACAUGUAUUGUUGUAUUUCUGUGCAUACUUCCUUAAGUAGGCGACUUUUAAAGCUUCACUUAUUUAAGCUGUAUAUAUAGACCAUGUUUGAUGGACGUGACCAUUUUUGCCCUGUACUAUAAAUACUUAAUGUACUGUAUGAAUCACUGAGGUGUGUUCGUCUUUAUGGUCGUUUAGGCUGACUAUACGAACAAUACUUGACUUGAUGACGAUGAUGAUAAUAAUGGUGAAUGUUAAGGACUGUUUUCUACAAAAUGAAAAAGUGAAAAUUUCCUGUAGGCUUGGGACGCCCAUAACACCAUGGUAACAUACAUACUGUAGCUUAAUGUGGUGACCAAGACCUUGAUGUCCAUAUCUUAAUGUUUUAUUAUUUUAGGCGUUGUUUAUUUUGUUUUUG